AUAUUUGUGGGAGGUGCUUAAUUUCCAAAAAUGGAUAGUAGAACUAGUAGCGAGUCUAAGCAGCCCCCACCGCUUCAGCAGGGUAGAGGCAGACAAGAUAGCGUCAUGGCGUUACCGGGAAGAGAAGGGCAGGAGUUAACGUGCGGAAGUGGAGCAGGGAAAGCCAUCGGUGUCUUCACCAGUGGUGGUGACUCCCAGGGUAUGAACUCUGCUGUUCGGGCUGUAGUGCGAAUGGGAUUUUAUCUGGGAUGCAAAGUCUACUAUAUCAGAGAGGGUUAUCAAGGAAUGGUGGAUGGUGGCGACCAUAUACAGGAAGCAACCUGGGCAAGUUCUUCAGGGAUAAUGCAGUUGGGAGGUACUGUGAUUGGCAGUGCCCGCUGUGCAGAUUUCCGUUCAAGAGAUGGUCGUCUGAAAGCUGCUGAAAAUCUUGUCAAGUGUAACAUUACCAACUUGGUGGUGAUUGGUGGAGAUGGAAGCCUUACUGGUGCAAACCUUUUCAGGAUCGAGUGGUCAAGUCUUUUGGAUGAACUGUUGAAAGCUGAGAGGAUAACACCUGAACACCACAGGCAGUGCAGCCAUCUCAACAUCGUAGGGAUGGUGGGUUCUAUAGACAAUGACUUCUGUGGUACUGACAUGACCAUCGGCACAGACUCUGCUCUCCACCGGAUUAUAGAGGCAGUAGAUGCUAUAGCAACAACAGCAUCCAGUCACCAGAGAGCAUUUGUAUUAGAGGUCAUGGGACGUCACUGUGGAUACCUUGGUUUAGUGGCUGCCCUUGCCACGGAAGCUGACUGGGUAUUUAUCCCGGAGUGGCCACCAGAGGGAGGCUGGGAGGAUACUCUUUGUAAUAAACUGUCUGCAGAGAGAGCUUUAGGUCAAAGGUUGAACAUCAUAUUGGUGGCAGAAGGAGCCAUAGACCGGGAAGGAAAGAGUAUCACAGCAGACAUGGUGAAAAAUCUGAUCACAGAGCGUCUGAAAUAUGACACAAGGAUUACAGUACUGGGACAUGUCCAGAGAGGUGGAAAACCAACUGCAUUUGACAGGAUUCUGGGUGCACGUAUGGGAGCAGAGGCAGUGUUAGCCUUGAUGGACGCUACCCCAGACACUCCAGCUUGUGUUGUAUCACUGGAUGGUAACCAGACUGUUCGAGUUCCUCUAAUGGAAUGUGUAGAGAGGACCAAGGCAGUACAGAAUGCUAUGGAUGCCAAAAACUUUGAAGAAGCUGUCCGUCUAAGAGGAAAGAGUUUCCAAAAUAAUCUAGCAACAUACAGGAAACUAAGUAAGCUGCGACCACCUAAGGGUACAUGUGACAGCACUGGUAAACAUUGUGUUAGUGGAAAAAAACUGGCUGUAAUGAACAUUGGUGCUCCAGCAUGUGGUGCUAAUGCAGCGGUGAGGUCUUUUGUGCGUCUUGCUUUGACCCAAGGUUACGAGGUCCUGGGAAUCCAUGACUCAUUUGAUGGACUGCUCUAUGGAGAUAAAAACCCACAUGAGGUUUUCUUUGAUUUCUCUGAAGGAUUGACCCAUGUGGUGGAGCCGGAUGAUCAGAAGCAAAGAAGGGUGAAAUCAUUGUCCUGGACAGAUGUUCAGAGCUGGACAGGCCGGGGUGGUUCACUGCUGGGUACUAAGAAGAUUGUAGCUAGCAAGUAUGGGAUGGAUAAGAUAGCAGCCAAACUGAAGGAAUAUGACAUCAGUGGACUGCUGAUUGUCGGCGGCUUUGAGGCUUACCACAGUGCUCUACAGAUGGCCGAGGCUCGUGACAAGUUUGAUGCGUAUUGUAUACCUAUUGUAGUAAUCCCCUGUACGAUCAGUAACAAUGUCCCAGGGACAGACUUCAGUCUUGGUGCAGACACAGCUUUAAAUGAAAUUGCUGAUAUAUGUGAUAGAAUUAAGCAGUCCGCCACUGGAACGAAGAGACGUCUGUUCGUCGUUGAAACUAUGGGUGGCUACUGUGGUUACCUAGCAACCAUGAGUGGCAUGGCUGGAGGUGCCGAUGCUGCAUACAUUUAUGAGGAAAAAUUUAAUAUAACAGACCUAAGGAAUGAUGUAAACCAUUUGAAGGAUAAGAUAAUCAAUGCUGGUGUUCAACGAGGUCUCGUUCUAAGGAAUGAAAACGCUAAUGCCAACUAUUCGACAGACUUUGUAUAUAAUUUGUUCUCUGAGGAGGGUAAGGGCACCUUUACCUGUCGUAAGAAUGUGUUAGGUCACAUGCAGCAGGGUGGAGUACCUACACCGUUUGACAGGAACUACGGAACAAAGAUGGCUAGCAAAGCUCUUGACUACAUCAUCGGAAAAAUAGAAGAAAAUACUAAAGAAGAUGGGACAAUGUUGAGCAAUAGUCCAGACUCUGCGGUGUUGCUUGGCAUGACUAAGCGCCAUCUAACAUUUACACCUGUUCAGGAACUGCGGGCAGAAACUAACUUUGAACAAAGACUUCCAAAGAACCAAUGGUGGCUGAAACUACGUCCAUUGCUUAGGAUUCUCGCCAAACAUCGUGAGGUGGCUUAUGUAACAGAAGGCGUGGCCUGUGGUGUGGAUGAGGUGGAAGACGAGGACAACGCAUAAACAAAACAUGAAAUUAUCCUUCUCGGUGGAUUUGUGAUACACGUUAUCAUGGAAAAACUGAAAAUAUACGAAAGACAAAAUCACAAAAAAAAUCAAUAUUGAGUUCCUUGAUUGAAUAUUUCUGGGAGAACAUCAGAAAAAAAAUCAAUAUUGAGUUCCUUGAUUGAAUAUUUCUGGGAGAACAUCAGAAAAAAAUUGAGAAUAGAUAAACAAAGGAAAGUGGUGAGAGAGCUUGAAGUUUUGAUGAUAUGUCAUGUGACCUAUUGGUCCUAACCAAAGAUCUGAAUUGCUGCUUUAUAAGGUGCAUGUCCCUGUUCAGUAUUUACAAAACCAUUUGUCUCUAACAUAUAACUAAAUAUUGUUGUAUGAUUUUGAUGACUUUGCCGAGUUUCUAGCAUUUUUUUUUUUUUCAAAUGUCAAAAAACAUUAAUGCUUUUUAUAUCAUAAAAUAGAUGUGGAUGACAGGAAUUGUGUAAUCAUAUAUAUAUAUUUGGUCACUGUUUUUGCUUAUUGUCAUGAUUUUUUCAUGAAAAAAAAUUGAAAUUAAUUUGUGUUCGAAAUUUCAGUCAGAAAAACCACCAAAAUAAUCACCUUUAAACACAGUUUUUGAACCAGAUUUUUCUUUGGAUAUAAAAAUACAGUGAGCCUAUUAAUUUAUUAAGUGCUGUAUGUUGUAUAGUGAAGAUGAAAACGAGUCGACGAUAGUACUGUUUAUCUCUGAAUGACGUGUAUAAAUGAUUGUGUAGUAAGUGUUAUAAUACAGAGACUGUAAAUGAUAACAACAUAGGGAACUAUAUAAUAUUCUAAUUAAGUUCACAGAAUGAAAUUUCUUCAAUAUCUGAAACAAAUCUGAGAAUAUUUCAUUUCAAGACAACAUACACCAGGAAUAGUGUUUAUUUUUGAAACAAAUUGUAUUAAUAAGGGCAUUUUAUACAAGAUGACAGUAAUAUUUGAUAAUCCAGCGCUUUUUAAAGUUUUUAACGAAGAUUGAUAAAUUUAUUGCUUGCAAUAACAGAGAUAUGCAAGCUUAAUUGGUGGGCAUGUGAUAUAGUGUUAAUUGCUGUUUGUUCAAUGUGAUCUAGAAAUGCAAUACAAAUUCUGCAUAAUGUAGCUUAUGUUAUUGUAAUGUUGAUAUGAUUACAAUAAUGAACAAGGAUUUGAAAUCCAUGGAAUUCAAAUUGUUGAAAUAUGUAAAUUUUGAUUACAGUAUUUUCUUAGGUAGAUAAAUUUUUGUUAGAAUAUGUUAUACUUUAACAUAAUUUUCAUCUCUAGAAAUUUUAUUGAUAUAAAUUAAGUUGUUAUUGGUAAUUUUUAUACAUAGCUACACUUAAAAAAAUACAAGCGUUGAUCCACCUUAUAUAUUGUGAGACGGUGAUAAUGAAAAACUACUUUUCCACUUCUUGUUGCUCAGAGGGAAACUUUUUAAUUGCAGUGUGAAUGUAGAUUGUGUCUAGUUCUAUCCAAUGACUAUAUCUUAUGAGAGUUCCUGUUGCCAUCUUGUAUAGUCCUUAGAUGUGUUUUGUUUAAGAGAAAUUAAAACUGUGAUACAGCUAUGUGUAUAUAAAGAUUGGAACAUAUUUUGAUAAGUCAGUCAUGAUCCUUAUAACUGAAACAAAUUUGAAAUAAUAUGUAAAACAUACAACUUCGAAUUCCUAUAAAUCUGUGUUGGAUCUUGCAGAGACCUUGAAUAUGACUUACUUAAGAUUGAAUUUCUGAAAUAUCUGAAGAAAUUGAAGAUAGUCUUGACAUAAAUAGCUGAUUGUUUUCAAUGACAAGACAAUGUGUUGAAUUCUUUGUUCAUUCAAAUAUUUUAGGGAUCCAGACUGGAAAAUUAGGGAGAAAUGAAAAAAAAAAUCCUAUAAAUGUCUUUUAUUCUUGUUACUGUAGAAGGCAUUUUUCUUCCUGAUUAUUCUUUUUUCUUUUUUUUUUUUUUUUUGUUGUAGUAUGUCUAAAAUCCUAAUGGUGCUUUAUUUUAAUGUUUAAUUUGAUGUUUAAGUUCUACUCUUUGCUCUCACGCUUUGCUUUUGUGUUGUGACUUUGUUUUGACAAACAGUGUUUGUGUACAUGUUUUUAUUGUUUUGUUGACAUUGAACAUUAAUUGAAUUAUUUGUCUCUCCUUACAUCACUGUGCUACAGCAUUCUGUGUUUACGUCUAAUUACAUGAACACAAAAACACAUUGUGUUUUAAAAUCUGACUGACUCUUGCAUAUACACAGAAACUGUUAAAUUCUUUCGAAUGAUCUUAACGGUCACAAAUUUACUUCUACACACUUCUCCAAUAAUUACACUACAGACUCCUGGCUGACAAAAUAACAUGUGAAUAUGAUGGGAUUGAGAUGCAUAUAUGUAUAUAUUUUUUCAAUUACUUCUAAAAUUUUAAUCACUCUUACAAAAAUUUUUGAAAUUUCACAUUUUUGAUAGAUUAUUUUGCUUGUGCAGUAGAUUUUUCAAUGAAAUUUUGAUUUUAAUUUCACAUCUGUAAUGAAUAAUACCUGAUCACAUAGAUAUUUCUACAGUAAAAAAGAUAAAUUUACUGGCUUACCGGAUUUAUUUACCUGACUCAUGGGUUGGUGGAGAACUUAACAUCUGUUACAUAUACUGUAUAUUGAUAGCAGACUGAAUAUGUUCCUGUGGUCAUGUGAUAUGUAUGUUUGGAUUUCCAGGAAUAUGAUAUAUACUGCAGUUGUUUAUUGUUUGUAUAUAUUUAUUGUAAGUGUGGAUAUAUAUAAGUACAUAUAUUCUGACUGAAUAAGGUUGUCUCUGACUUUUUGUACAGUAAGUUUGUCUUUCACUCUUUUUUCUGUUUGGUGACUUGAUAUUGUACUUUGUGUGGUUCAAUAUUGGACAUAUAUAUAGCAUUAUCUGUUAAAUAUGUUUUAAUAUCAGAUGAAUAUAAUUAAACCUGCAGUACACUAUAACCACAGGCAGACUGGGAAGUACAUGCCUGAUAAUAGCUGUAGUUAAGAUAAUUCUGACCUGUUUGCCAGACUGCUUUCAUAUAGAGACACAAUUUCUCAGUCAGUACUGCAUUGGUCUUUGCAUCCUCAGCUGAAGAUUUUUUGUGGUUGAAUUCCUUCGCAGGACAGUUUGUGUUCUCAGUAUGCAGAGAUUAGGAAUGGCCAGAGCUAUCUUAGUUGUCUCCUUGAGCGAGAUGCUUUACCCCCGUGAAUUUAGAUGGCAGGCCUCUUACAUGAUGUUCAGUGGAGUAACUACCAGCUACUGGUCGGCAAUAAACUCUGUAAAAACAUCCAUUUCAAGGUCAUAUUUGUUGCAGCAACUUUGAACAGUCAAUUGCCUUUAUUUUCCUAUUUUUUAACCAUUUUAUUGCACAGAGACCACCUUAGAUAAAAGACCAGUUAAGUACGUCCCAUAUAGAAUACUGAUUAGACAAGCUUUGUAGGGUAUAAUCCCAAGAAUUAUAAAGAAAAGAAUUCCUAUAUGUCAUAUGUCAUUUCAAUUUUGUUACAAGUAGAUGAUAUAUUGUAUCUAUAUGAAGUAUAGUUUGUUUUUCUAGUUUCUAAGUCUUGUGUGAAUCUAGUUUUAAGAUUAUUUAAAAAAAAUUUAAUUAUCAAAAAUAGUUAGACUUUUAGGAUUGUUUGAAUGUGUACAUUCCAUCCCUUUGUACAGGUACAUGCUGAAAUAAAAACAUUGUCCUGAUUAAGUUGGUAAAAAGAUAUGCUUUAUCAGUAAUAGUCAUCACAAACCAAUUUUAAAAUGUUAUGGUGAGAAAUCAAAGCAAAGUUCAGAUGUUGGACAUUCACUAUAUUUCUUCUUGGAAUAACCCUCAUAACUGUGUUCAGUUAAGUACUAUUUUUUUAAAUUGUUUAUUGUGAGAGAAAAAGUGAGGGAAUAGUUUGAAUGGUGGAGGCUAUAGCUUUAUAAUUUGUAUCAUUCUUGUCAUUACCAGAUAUUGACUUAUGUUUGUAUUUCAGCAUUGUAUCUGAAUUUUACAAUUCCUUUUGUAUAAACAACCCAACUUUACCUGUGUGUGGAUUUUGUUCUAAUUCAGUAUACAUUUAACACUACAUGGAUUUUUUUUGUAUGGAAGAGCUUUAGUAACAAAUGGAAUUUUUUCACUUAUUAAACCUGUUAUUUAUUUAUUGAUCUGUAGCACAUCCUAGGACAGUGAUGAAGGAUAGUCUUGUGUUGUACAUUUGUAAAACAGCAUUAUGUGUCUAGAACAUUUUUUGUAAAUAACUUGCCAAACUGUUCUGUGGAAGACACGAGCAGACAUAAAAAUACCUUCAUAUAGAUAUCAGGAGAGAAGUUUUUGGUGACAUUCUUUGUUGAAAGGUACCCAACCAUUCCAGCCACUGCAGUGUUAAAAGAAAUUAACAUAUUAUCUACCUAUAUGUGUUAUUAGAGACAAGAAAAGCAUUUUGGAUUAUAAAAAAAUACUCAAUGCUCUGGUUUUAUAUUUUAAUUGAUAUAUAUUACUUUUAAUGAUAAAACAAUACACCUUAGAAUCUUUGAAUUUUUUACAGACAUUAAUUGUGUUUAUUUUCAACAGAGAUAUAAAGGACAUGUUACUUCAAUACUCUUCCACAUCCAACAAUAUUUGUUUUUAUCAAAAUGGGUAAAAUCCUGCCUGGAAAAUGUAUAUUGUUGAUAUUUUUUAACUAAAUGUGUAAUAUUGAUGAUUUCUUUUUUUCACUGCACUUUAUAAAUCCCUUCCUCCUUCUCUGACAUUAAAAUUGAGGAAGGGGAUGGGUAACUAAAUAUUUAGACACCAUUUCUGUAGAGUUACGUCCCUUUACAUGCAGAACAUGUUCUCUAUAGUAAGGAGAGUAUAUGAUUGUUAUUUGAGUGUAAAGAAGGGUAGCUGUUUUUAUAGUAAUAGUCUUUAAAAAUGUUUUUUAUCACUGUUACUUUAAAAUGUUGAUUCUUGUUUACUGCUUUUGUGAAUUAAGUAUUAAGUAUGCGUACUAUAGUGUACAUGUUUAUAUUGCAAAUUUGUUCACAUAAACUUCUUAAUAUUGUGUUGAUUUUCAAUAUUAUAUUUAAGUAGUUGUACCCCAUCGCUAUUGACGAAAAAAAAACAAAUAAAAAAACUAGAACGUGA